AUGAACUUUUAGUAAAGAUUUAAAGGAAAGACUUCAGUUAUUGAUAAGGAGGGCAUAGAAGGAAUUGUUAAAUAAAAAGCUCUCCCAAUAUAAAAAGAUAUUAGCAUUGAAAGUAAUGAAUUAUCAAGUUAGAUGAAUAGUAGGAUACUAUUAAGCCAAUAAAAGGUCGAAUCCCAGAAAAUCAGGUCCUUAAAGUAAUCUGCCUUAAAAAAAUCUUAGUCUCAUCAAACCAACCAUCUGGAUCAAGAACAUUAAUUCAAUAAUAAUUCUUAUUCAAAUUAAACUAACUAAAAGUUACCUACUAAGAUUAUAACUAAUAUAAGAUAGCCAUAGGAUCUUUUAACAUCAACAUCAGAAUAACCCUAAUUUGUCAACAAAAAUGGAUCAUAAAUAAAAAAUUCUCCUAAAAAUACUACAAGUAAUCAAUCUACAGCAGCCUCUCAAAGCUAAUUCAAAAGAAAUGCUGAUCAAAUUGUUUCACAACAUAAGCCAUUGUCUCUUAUAGAUCACAAAAAUAAUAGUGUAGACUUUAACGACUUAAAUGGUUAUAGUAUUAGACCUAAAGUAUAUUCUCAUAAUAAUCUAAGUAAUUUAUAAUAAUUGAGUAACAAUGGAUCAAUUUCAACUGAUUCUAUAAAUCUCAAAUCAUAAAGAUCUAAAAGCAAAAUUAAUGAAAACCAAAAUAUUUUUUAGAAUCGAUUACAAUAAAGGAUAAUGUCAGGAGCUCAAUAUUAAUAACCCUAGCCUAUUAUGUUUUCUACAGGAAACUAUGAAAACUAAUUUAGAGCAUUUAGCUAUGACUAAAAAACCUUAGGGGAUUAAAGCCCGCUUAACUACACAGGUCCAUAUAAACUUCCUUCAGCGAUUAACUAAAUAAUUGUUCCCUAAGAUUAUGAACUAAUAGCUAUUCCCAGAAACUAAAUAUUUAAUAUAAAUUCACCUAUUUCACACUCAUAAAUAUAAAGUGGACUUACUAGUGGCAAUACUUCUUCUAGAGUACACCUUCCAAUGAUUGCUUCAAAUAAUAACAUUAACUCUAACUAUUAAAUAAAUUAUUAAAGUAGGGAUUCUUUUUCUAAUCGAUUACCUUACUAAUAAUCUGUUAACAUUCUACCAACAGAUGAUUUAUCUUAUACUAAUAAAUAUAGUAACGGAAUGUAAUAAAUUUUGUCAAGAAAGAGUUUAAUAAAUAGUGGAAAAUCUAUAUUAGAUUCAACAUCAAACUUAAAAUCAAAUAAACCUCAAGGUCUAAAUACUUUUCGCUAUGAACUUGAUUUAAUGGAAGAAAAGCAUAGAGACAUAAUAGAUAACCUUGAAAAAAUAAGAGAAAAAAGAACAAAAAAAUGA